AUGGUGAAACUUGUACCACCUCUCUUGGUGAAUGCGAAACUAGUCGCCAAGAUGCGCCUCGCUACAUCUUUGGCCCGUGAAAAAAUUAGUUGUAUCCCCCGUGAUAUCCUUUGGCCCUCUGUAGUACUGGCUGGAGAAUACAUUCAGGUCUGCAUGGUUGCCUACCGUACAUAUCUGCAUAUUCGAUUACAACAAGCAUUGCGAUUGGCGGUGGCUGCACCCACUGCCGCUACGACAUUGUACUUGGGAUGUGUAUCCCUCGUCUGGUAUCCAGAGCCGGGAGCUACAUUAGACACGAGCAGCGUGGCAGCCCUUCCAUUGCCCCGCACGACGGAGGAAUUAUUAAAGUUUGGACGGGACUGUGCCCGUCGAUAUCAUCAACAAUGCGAUGCUGGUGAAACGUUGGGAGCGGCGGCAAGGAAUGAGUUUGUGGGCGAUAUGCUUUGUAUGAUGCGGGCUCUUGCAGCCAUUGAGGGAACGUUUGAGGAGCGGACGCUUGUGACGGCAUCACUUAGUGGUAGAAAAUCCUCACAUGAUGUGGAGUACGCGGCCUCACCAGCAGAGGAGGUCUUGCGCAUUGUGCUCUCCAUCUCACUUGAUCAAGGGUGGUUCGAUAUUGUGGAGGAGGCACGAAAAAAAUUUGAAAUUCUUGUGCGGGAACGUCCAGUACCACCGCAAGCGAAUGUCGCCAGUGCAGUGGCUGAUUUGUGUGCGCUAUCGUAUGAACUAGAACGCUGUACAAGUUCAGAAGAAGUGACAAUUAUACAGCGUCAGCGUGUGGCGAGAGCGGUGGACGCAUUUAGACCAGAAAACUCUGUGCGGGAACGCUGUACCAUCGCUGCAGAAAUUAACGUUCUUCCACUUGUAGAUCUAGACAAGAAGACACGUUGUCUCAUGCUAACACGACGUAGUCCUGGGAGACGACCACAACUCAUUAUUACGUUUAUAGGCACAAAUAGCAUUCGAAAUUGGUGGACAAACUUUAACUAUACCACAACAGAGCUACCUAUAUCUUUUGGAAUGCAGUGUUUUGUUCAUAAGGGCUAUUUAGAAUUAUUGGAGUCUAUUGCAUUUGAUAAGGCUGCCAUGGAGUUUGACCAGAUUAUUCUUAUUGGUCAUAGCUUGGGUGGGGCUCUUGCGCAACUUGGAGGUCUUUAUUUGGCAAACGCUCGUCCUGAGAGAAGAGUUACAGUUCUUACAGUGGCAUCACCUCGAGUCUUUUCUAAUAGUCGAGGUAUCUGGCAGCGCGGCAAAGAUUGGUUAAUAUCUAAUUCCAAAUUAGAUGAGAAUAUGAUUGAUCUCCCUAGUAAUUGCCGUCAUAUUCGUGCUUUUAUGUGCGCAGAUGUGGUGCCAAAGCUACCUCCAUCCCUCCUUGGUUACCAACAUGUGGGAACACCGUUGCCUUUACACACAGGAUGUCUCACACGAUUGUCCUUUGUAGGAUGGGGACUCUGGUCCUGUUUGUUUCAUAGCGCGGAUAUGUAUAAAUCGGUGUUGGAGCAACCUGUUGUAGCUCAGCUUCACCGUUACGAGAAUGUAACAGCACCUCCUUCCCACAAGGAAGGGAAAGAAAUAGAUUGA